AUGGCUGUGGCGAAUUACUCGAUACCACCCGUCGGGGCCGCGACGCCCGCCGUUUUCGUCACGACCCCCGCUCCCCUCCACGUGGAUCUGAACGACCUGCUGUAUUCUCCGGAGGACUACCAACAGGAGUACGCGCCGCAGUAUCCCGGCAACGAGCCCUUCACCCAGCCCCACAAUCCGCCGCAGCCACGGAGAUCGAAGCUCCGAAAGCGGGCCGGUACCGCUUACCUCCCCCCGCCUCCACAGUACACGCAGUACCAGCAACAGGACAUCCCUAUCAAUCCUUUCACCGGACAAGUUCAUACGCAAGCGAACCAGCAGAACACGAGGCUACAGCUCGCGAACCAGCGCGUGCAUCAAGCCACAACCCAAUUCGACAACACAGGGCAGUACGUGCACGAUCCCACUGGAGAUUACGACUACGAGCAGAGGCGAACUGGCGGCGUACCGCACGAAUCCUACAGCCCCGGGUAUACGGAUGCCCCGUACCCGCCGGCUACGUCGCCCGGGCAAGCGUCCAGCAGGAGGCUGGACAGCACUCCCAGCCAGAACACUAACAAGUACUACGGAAAGAGUCCAGUGACGCCAUCGACUCAGAGGCCGCGGACAAAUGCAGGGACUAAGAGUGGUGGUAACGGUAGUGGAAGUGGAAACAGUGCUGGGGGCCGUAGCGACUCAAACGCACCCCCUGAUCAGCCCCGCGGUUUCACUAAAGUGGAAACAGGCAGCUCUGGUGGAAAGACUCAGCUGCAUGCGGUGCUCGACUACGACGAUGACGACGAAUAUUACGACGACCCGUCGGGAUCAGAUCCCGCUCAGCCAGCUGUCACACCGCUACAGGGUCCCAUCCUCCUACGCAACGGGUCCGUCCCAGUAGUACCACUUACAUCGUACCCAACAGUCAACAACGGGUCCUUCUACCAAAUACCUAUUCUUUGGACGGCGUUGUCUCUCGCACUGGGCUAUGAACUUCAAGGUCAAAUUAUUAGAGGCGUGCCAUGUGUCAAACGAAACUUUCAACUUUACUGUCCCACCGCUGGCAAUACUUAUCCUAUAGACAAGAUAGAAAUGUUCAUAGACGAGAACAAAGCGUUGAUAAAACGCAUGUACGGUUCCUUUUCCAUACCAGGAGGCGGCAGAGUUCGGAGGGCGCCAGGGGUGCCGGACAUGCACUCCGGAGAUUCCUACUUCCGCCACGUGAGGCAGGCCUCGAAAUCCGCGCUACCCGAUCCCCAGGUCAAUAGCACAGGCAGGGUAGACGCGUGUCAGAGCAAGACGGAAAUAAUAACUCCAUAUUGGGCUCUCAAUUCAGCGAAGAAAGUCAGAGCUAUUGUGAAUACUAUGCACUUUGAACAGGCUAUUCAUCAAGAAGUGUGCAGUAAAAAGUCAACAUCGCGGUGCUCUGGUGAUUGCAGUUGCGAGCAGAAAUACAAAUGGCAUAGAUUACUUGCGUACGACCCCAGCAAUGAUUGCGCGGGAAUAUUCAUGGAUUGGUUUUUAUUUCCAUCGUGUUGCGUGUGCCAAUGCGAUCCC